GCCAGAUCAGUUGUAAGUCUCAAAGACCAGCAUUGAGCACUGCAUAAGAUGAGCAAUCACGGCGAUCCCCCUGUGAACACCGUCAGCACUGAGGCGCUCAGGCAGGCUGUGAAGCAGCUUCCCAGUAAUAAAAAGAUAAUUCACGACGACUUUGUAUAUGCCGAUUCCGACGAUACCAUCCAAGAGAUCAAUGAAUUUUUUAACUAUACUGAAGUUGCUGGAUAUUCAGAGUAUCGAGAUAUCUUUCAGGAGCGAAUUUCUGAAGGCUGGGAUACGCUUUCACUUAGAGAAAAGAAAAGCUAUAUACAGUAUCUCUUGAACGACCUGGAACAAAGUUCAGCCAUAGCGAGAUUGGAUGCUGGAAAGCAGAUAUUGUACAUUGCACAAGGAAACUUUGGAGAUUUGGAGUCCUUUGAUUACGCAGGAAACGAUGUGGAACAACACAUGCAAAAAAUUAAGGAGAACAAUUCACUUCUGCAGCAAUCGGGAGCACUACCUGUCGUGUACUCAGCUUUGCGGAAAGCGUGCGAAGAACACAAUUCCCGGCACUUAGGGAACAUGCACGAUGUCAACAACGAAAUUGAGAUUUUUUUGACAAUUUUGUUUAUGUUGAUUGAGACACUGCGACAUGAUGACAACCUGGCCACUGAUUUAGACAACCUCGAUCCGCCACUAAUCGUAUUCCUAUUUGGCGUGAUAUCACAAUUAAGAGAAAAGAACUUGAAGAUGUUUCCUGUGAAAAAGCUUUUGCUUGUUGUGUGGAAAACAAUGUUGGUAUCCUUUGGUGGACGUGAGGAGAUUGAACGAACUCACAACGUCAUUCGUCAGUAUUUUAGUUUGCCUGAAGUUAAAAUCCAAGACACGAUAACGAGAAGUACCCCGCUGGAUUUGCAUGCAUUUUCACAGGAAAUUGUAACCAAAUACCCGACAUAUACUCUACCACCUUUUCCUGGGCACGUUCAACGACCAGAAUUGAUUAAGCCUUCACCAGCUUUACAAACUCUACUCACAGCAAGUCACGGCUCAAGUCCUAAUCCACCUUCACUAAUAGCGACAGCCAAAGCGCAAGGAAAUGUUGGUAAACCUGGAACAUGCCCGCAGCAGACUAAGCGCGUCAACGGCUUCAGUCAGAAUGGUCAUAGAGAACCGCUCGUGUUACCGUUCUCCUCUUGGGAUAUGGACGUACCUCGAAGCAUCCAGGAAGCUGGAGAAAUGUAUACUGAGCACAUGUAUGUGUCACUGGCUACAUUGCAGAUUUUGAGAGAACGUGAGCGCGGGAUCAAGAUGUGGCCAAUGCAAGACGAUGAAAAUGGAUAUGAAUUCAUUGUCCGUGCAAGCCAGCAUCUCAUGUCAUCGCAAGCAAGCGAAAUAGAAGAACCUUUCUCUUCACCCGAGAUGAUCGAUGCCUUUCGACGCUUGAGCAUGGUCGAAAGUCUAUAUAAGGCUAUUGUUCCAAAUCUUCAAAAUAUCAUCAUUGUUCUUCUCAAAUUGCUACUCGCUACCGUUACACCAUAUAAUGGCGCCAACCCAAAUGUGAAUGGGCAUAGCAACGGCAAUGAGACUAGUCAAGAGAAGAUGAAUAAUACUUCAGAAGUUAAUCAUACCAUGAAAGCACACGACAUAGAGGAAGCAAACAAUAAGCGUAACAGAGAAAUAACAUCGAAAGCAGUAUCUGGAAUUCUCUUGCUGUUAUUACAAUGGACGAAGCUUUCUCAUGUCCUAAAGUUCGAAAACGUCUCACAGCUCUUGGUAGAUUCCGGAUGUCUACUUCUGAUACUGAAGAUUCUUGGGUUACAGGAUAUGGCGGCUACACUACAAGAGCAAAGUGAGGGCCAGGAAUACAGCUUCAUGAACUAUUGGAGCCGAGAGCGAAGAAAAGCACAUCACACCUCUGAGGUAUCAACUGCCCCAUUACCAGAAAUCCACAAUCAAAAGCUUCGGCAAACGAACUGGCGUAACAUGUUUUGGUCGAUCAACUUUUUACGCAUACUGCAAAAACUCACAAAGAGAAAGACCCAUCGGAUCAUGCUCCUUGUCCAAUAUAAAUCUUCGGCCAUUUUGAAAAGAUUACUUAAAGUAUCACAUCCCAUGCUGGAGCUUUACACUCUAAAAGUACUCAAAAGUCAAAUACCGUACUUGGGACGAAAGUGGAGGUCAAGUAAUAUGCGGAUCAUUACGGCGAUAUAUUUGACCUGUCGGCCGGCUUUAAGAGAAGAAUGGAUGACAGGACUUGAGUCUGAGUCGGAUAUUGAAGAGAGUGCGAUGCAAGAGUCAAACCUGAGAGCUUUGAUAAAAGCAUAUCAUACACGUCGAUACUUACCUACCAUACCGUCUAUCCACCAGCGGCAAGAUAUCCCUCCUUCUGCCCUUAGUAAUCAAAUUCAUGAUGCUGCUGCACUGUCGUCGACAGUAACAGUUGGUAUACUCGCAGAAGAACAGCCCAGUGAGGACAUCGAAUUGGAUGCAGAGUUCAUGAAUAAUUACGAACAGUGGCUUGAAGACGAGGUGUAUUCCGUACCAACCUCACCUGAAUUACCACCAACGGACGCUUUAGGCUCGCUAACAUCACCUCCAAUGGUCUCCCCAGCGCUUUCAGAUUCUCCCAUACAUCAAUUUUAUCGAAGCGAGCAAAAUAAAGCAAAGACGACGCAGCAAGUUAGCGAUCUUUAUCACAAUCAGCUUCAGAUUGAAUUCAACUUGCACCAUUGGAAACCACCCGGUGACAGCUGGGACGCACCACAACGAUUCCUCCAUUCCUACGCAAUUAAUCCUGAUGAAAUCGAUAUCGACGAAGACAUCGAUUUGACAAAAGGUGAUCCGCUAGCCAACAUCGAUUGGUCGACGUUGAGUGAAGAGGAUCUCCGAGAGCGCUUAUUUAAAGUUGAGCGACAAACUAUACAACGACGACUACGAACAGACGAUGAAUCAGAAUUCAAACUUCUCAACACCCUGGACCACUUAACUAUUGAGAACGAAGAAUGGGAUUAGUCGUAGCUUUAUUAUCAUAAGCCUUUAACUCC